GCCACAUAGCGUAGCGCUGGGCGAGUUCGAGUUUUCUUCAGCGUCGUCAGCCGAGCCGCGCAGUGUUCAACAUUCUCGCGAACGCGAAUUUAAUAUCGCCUGCUCGCCUGCUGGCUCCUAGCUCUGCGUGCUUCUUCACGAAAAUCCAUGUGCUAACGUGCGCGUACUCGAGAAUCAAUGCUCCUAUAAUAUAUUUUUUGAGCGAAAUUUUUUUUUCCUUUUUCGUGUUCUUGUCGAGCAUUUUGAUUGCAUUUUCAUUUCGACAUUUUUUUGUGUCAGAUCGCGAGUGCUACUUUGGUUCUACCGCAUCAUCCGUCCAGUCAGAUGAUAAUGUUGGGCAGGUCGUAAUAUAAUUUGGACUUCGUCUGGUCGACGGAAUAGUGAUAAUUUUACGAUAUCGUUGGGAAUCUCGAGUCUGUAGUGUUCGACGACGUAAUACUUACGUUUGUUUUUAUUUUUGAGCGUAUCGUUUAUAGUGACGUGUGUUGCUCGAGCUCAAUCCUUUUUUUUUCUCUCGAGUGUCGUUUUGUUUUUGUACAUUUAAUUGGAGUGCAAUUUUUGAUUUCGAUUGUUUCGAAUAUUGAAAUGAUAUAUUUUCACAUCUAUAAUUUUCUAUUCAAUUGAGAGCCUAUUCCGACUGUAAGCCGAUAAAAUGGUGGUCGUUGUUUACGAAUCGGAAAAUUGGGCACCGUUUCCUCCCAAAAAGAAAUGGAUACGACAUUAUUUGGAAGAAUACCCGAGUUCGGAGAAAAGCUCGUAUUCGACGGAAUCGAUCUCUUCUCUAACACCCGUGCAGAGCGCGGUAGCAUCUCCGUCACCUCCGACCAUAACAUUCGCGCCGAAAAAUGUCACCACACAGACGAUCGCAUCGUAUACGAUCACAGACGUACCGUCGUCGUCUUCUGCGGCUGCAACAGCAGCAUCAGCGUCAGCGGCGACGUCAUCGUCUUCAUCUGCGAACAACCACUACACCGGUGUCAUCAAUAACGGUUCGAUAACGCCGAAUAAUACGGCAGCGGCGAAUUUCACGCUAACUCCGAUCAUCGGUGGUUCUCGUUCUCCGUCGUCGUCGUCGUCGUCUGUUGCGACUCUGACAAAUGGAGCGGCGAUGGCCGCUGGUUCGGCGACGCCGGUCGCUGCCGUAUCUACGCUGCCUUCGUUCUCUCCGUCGCCAACGUUGACGUUCACCUUCACGCCGCCGUCGUCGGCGGUUGCGGUGGCCACCGCGCAACACACACCUUCGUUAUUGAAAAUGCCGCCGCAGAGUAAUUCUAGACUACCUUCUGCGUCUUUACCUCGACAUCACGGGUCACCGUCGUUGGUGAUUCAACGGACGAACACGUCGCCGCCGCCGCCGCCGCCAACUGCGUCGCUGCUUCCUCAUUCGCGUACCGUUCAACAUCAUUCCGCCAGCACGGCCGGCGGCGCUGGCACCGCAGCUAUCGCCACCGCCACCAUCAUGCAACACCAUCAACAGCAACAACAACUCAACUCGCAACAGCAUCCGCAAACCGUGCUACAACAACAGCAACAACAACAACAACAGCAACACCAACACCAUCAGCUGCAGCAUCAGCAUCAAAAUUCCAUGUCCUCGAUCGCCAUCGUGCCCCAUAGAAGUUAUAGCGAAAGAACUGCCAAUGUCAACGAUAUUAAAAGAAAGAUGAGCGCAUCUGGCACUAGAGAGGUGCACAACAAAUUAGAGAAAAAUAGACGGGCUCAUUUAAAAGAAUGUUUCGAAUUGCUAAAAAGUCAAGUGCCGGCCAUUCAAGACGAAAAGAAACCGUCGAAUCUUACCAUUCUGCGGACAGCUAUUCGUUACGUUCAAAUUCUGAGAAGACGAGAACAAGAAUUGGAAACCGAACUCGAAAGAUUGGCUCGAGAAAAGAUAAUCAAUCAGCAAAGACUCACUACGUUGAAGAAGGAACUUACAGCUCAGUGGGAUCAUAUUGAUUUCAAUUCGCUGUUACCUGAAAGCGUCGAAUCAAAACCAAAUGGUAAUAUCGAAAAUGGCGGCGGGACUGACCAAAGAGAUUACGAAAUGGAACGUGACGCGGAUAAAAUCGCGUUGAUGAGCGACGCAGACGAUUCGAGCCAAGUGAAAAGUAAAGGCGAUACGUAUUACGGAAGCAGUUCGUCGACUGGUUCGUGUAGUAUUUCACCGUUACACAUAUCUUCGCCGAAUGUCGUCUCUACCACUAGCGAUAGUUUACCACCUCAAAUUCACAUUGUGGAAUCAGCUUCAAUGCCCCUUGAUAAAUUAACCAGUACAACUGUAGUUAGUCCAUUGCAAUUUUUAUCCUCCUCUACGAUCCGUAUGAUCGCAGAUUCAGCCGAACCUAUCGCCUUGGUUCAACAUAAUGGAGGCGAAAAAGUUUCCGAAUCUGCUACAUUACCAAAAAUGGCUGUGCAUGCAGGCAACGCGUAUACAAUAAUAAGCGAAUCGUUUCAAAAACUUGCUACCCCGAAUGUAGCCGUUACCGGUAACACGAGCGGCGGCGUUAAUACUAUUGUACGAAGUAGCAAAGUUACUAACUCGCCAGUUCAUUUUACCCCCACCGGUAUCACUUUACCCUCCUCCGUGUCUGCGAAUCAUAAAAAUGUAUCUUUACCCGUCAAAUCCGGCUUCCCUCAAGUUACUACUAAUGGUACCAUCACUACUUCUAGUUUCGGAGAACGUACGAAUUCUGUCCUAACUACGGUUCCGGUACAUACGAACGUCGGUAACGUAGUAAAUCAUUCCUUCGUCGUGGCGGCACAACCUUCAUCUGGGCAAAUGUUACUUACCACAGCGUCACCGCACUUACAAACUAACGUUAUGCCUGCACCGCUGCUAAAAACAGUCAGUCGAUUACAACCGAUCAACGGUCAUCAACUAGUAGUGAAGCCCGCCAUGGUGGUUGUCAGCACAGCGGCGGCAGCUGCGUCCAAAUAAUCAAUACCUACCGGUGGUAAUAUACCUAUUUAUUUUCAAGACUCAUCGUCUACACCCAUCUACGUACUACAUAUUUAAACCCAUAACGAUAACUAAGAAGAUGAAGAUGAAAAAAAAAAAAAAAAAAUCAGAAGUCUAUAUCACUUCGGUACGACUGAAUAAGUUAAUGAAUUUAUUUAUUAUUGAUAUUAUAAUACCUAUACGAAGUUGUUAAAUUUCUCUAAAUGUUUGUAUGUGAUAAAAAAAAAUUUACAAAAAAAAAUUCAAAGAACGGUGACGUUUAUUGUGAUAACUAAUAUUAUCAUGUAAUGGGGGAAAAUAUCGCUAAGAAUUAUAUUUGUUAAUAUUAUAACGUGUAAUAUUUAUACCGAACGAAGUUCCUUUCGUGUGUGUGUUUUGAUUGUGUUGUACCUACGGUUGAGCAAAAUCUCUUAAUCAAAAGCCAUUUUUUUCGAAAUUCAGUCCAACCUUUUUAAUAUUAUAACGUAUUAUUUCGACAAAAUGAUGAAUAAUAACGUUUGUAUUUUGUGUAGAAAUUAUUACUAGCUUACCUACUACUACUACUACUACUACUACCCUCGUAAUUUGUACUAUUUAUUUAUUUGACAUUUUUUUGUUCUCCUUGUUAUUACGCUUUACGAUGUCGUGCGAUUUUUUUCGUAGUAGAGAGCUUACUCUUUUUUUUUCCUUUUUUCUCAAAACAUACUAUACCUACCUAUGCUAUCGUAGUUUUGUUUUUGUUCGUUUUUAAUUUUCACCUUCCUUCCCCCUUCUCCCUCAUUUUUUCCCCUUACACUUCGGUUGUACGAUAUAGAGUAUGUAAAUUCUUAAUAUAUUUUUUUUUGUUUUUCGAUGGCCAGAUUUUUGAAAAAAUCUCACAAUCGGUAUUUAAUUUCUUUUUAUACGCGAAUUUUUGUUUUUUGUUUUUUGGUUUUUCUCAUCAUUUGAAAAAUAGUGUAUUUUAUCGGCCAGUUUGCUUUUGUUUUUUUCUUUUUGUUUUUUGUACCAAUUUUUACUAUUGUAUUGUGUAAGAGUGUAGUCACUGAUGAAAUUUUGGUUUAAAAUACGACCUUUACAUUAAAGGUUGCAGAGAGCGCGUGUAAUUUAUUAUUUAUUUUUCUCAUUUUCUAAGACAUAUUAGAGACACGACAAGUUUAUCUAGUAAGAUUAUUAAAAUGUUUUUUUUUCUUUCUCUCCUCUCAGAACAGUGUGUUAGAAAUUCGACUUGAAGUUGAUCCGCCAAUAACCAAAGUGUACUCGAGGUUUUUUCAAACGUGUACUUUGAUGGUAAGGUGCCUACGAAAUGCUGUAAUUUUGUACGAUUACAGAUUAUGUGAUAUUAUUUAUAUACUUUUGUAAAUAAUUAUUUAUUUUGUCUCUCAUUAACUUUUAAUUGUAUGUUUUCAAACUGAUUUUAUUCGAACAUGUUGUAAAAAUUUUACGCAAUUUCUCUCGUCGUCGAGGUGUAGCCCUUAAGUAUUAUUUACGAAAGGUGCGUUUAUGAUUGUCCGUAACUCUUACGGCUUGUUACAGAAAAGUAAAAAAUUUUUUACUUUUCUGUAAUUUUCUUUGUUCUUUUCUGUAAAACAAAAAGUUACGGUUACGGACAACGUGAACUACGCCAUAAGAAUUCUUGUAUUUUACUUUUCUGUAACAGACCGUAACUUUUAUUACGGUUAGUUACAGACAAUCAUGAACGCACCUGAAAACAAAAAAAAAAAAAUUGAAAUUUAUUUUUAGCGUACAUUGAUGAUGAUUGUGUUUUUAUGUAUUAUAAAUAAUAAACCAUUACGGCUGUCUUGCAUUCGAAUAA